AUGGAUUGCACACUGCAACCAGCUCGUUCGAAUCGACCAAAACGUCGACAUCAUCGUCAGGAUGCGUGGUCGGCAACAUACGGUGAUCUCGAAUUGAUACCACUUCAUUGGGUUUUGAGUAAUUUAGAAGAAUGUUUACAAUUGCGUAACAUACCUGUCAAAUAUACUCCCGAGGCUCCGCGUGCAAUGCAGGUAAGAAAUGCCCAAAAUCACAGCCCCAUUGUAAUCUGUCAGGCCAUUUCUAGUAAGAAUCUGCAUCCAAUUGUUGGCCGUUUUAGAUCUUUCCGGUUCAUUGCCACGGAUCUGAGUCACUUGUUCACGAAGUAUAUGCGAACGUCCCUUUUCUUGUUGUUGAAUUCCUUUUCAAGCAUGCGCAUUCUUAUAAAUUGGUAG